AUGGACCAGUCCUCGUCCAUACCGCGCCCGUCUGGCAUCCCCAGGCCGGCACCAGCGUCUCGACUGCCAGUGCUCAGACCCUCCAACAGCCACUCCCAGCUGCGCGCACCCGCGUCCACGGAGCAAUUGCGCAAGAAGCCGUCUCUCUCGUCCAUAUCGCGCCCAACCACAUCGACACUACAGAAGAAGUCGUCGAGAGCAUCGCUCGCAUACUCCAGCAACCCCCUGACAUCAUCGAAUGCUCCUGCUCCUGCUCCUGCCAACUCGAGCUCCAACCGGACAUCCAUCGCUUCCUCGUCCACUUCCUCCCGUCGAGUGAGUGGAAUUCCUAGCUUUGGCCAACGACGAACCUCGACCAUCGCCCCGACUACCAAUGACGCGCCUGUCUUCAAGCGACCAUUUGCCCGUCCACCCUCGCGUCAGACGAAUGCUUCGCGGCCCACAUCCUCGUCAAACCCUGCCAAGGAGGAUGAUACACUGGGGAGCCUGGAAGGCUUCAGGUCAGCCUCGAGGGCAUCCUCGCGAGCAAGUUCGAGGGCAGGGUUUCGGGACAAUGAGCUCUCGCCCGAAUCAUUGGAGACAGCCAUUGAUGAUCAGCUCAUCAGUCCAGUAAAGCCGGAGAAGAGGAAGAGCCGGCCGUCACUUUCAGAAAGGACAAUAGAGAGUCUGUCCCAGCUGCCAUCGUCGCCAGCACCAGGUAAGGGAAGACGCCGGUCAAGCUUCUUCAAUGCCGACAACAACAUGCCUCCGCCAGUUCGAUCAGCGUCAGCCAUGUCCAACAGCAACGGCAGCAGGCCAUCUACAAGUGAUGGCGCCCCGCAUCCCAUCCCAGCUACACCAAAGCGGCUCGGUGUCCCCUCGAACAGACUGUCUAUGACUGCACCUGGAAAAAGGAGCGUUAGUGCGAAUGUCACCACGCCUGCUGCGACGCCCAGCAAACGUUCUUCAAUCCUACAACCGAUGUCAACUGUCAAGAAACAGCCAUUGGCUCCGGCGCAAAACUUACAGAACACACCUAAACCACGCCCUUUGACGAACAGCAAGAGUCUCACUAUGCGAACACCCAAAUCUCGGCCGUCUCUGAACAAUGUCUUUGGUCAAGCAAUAUCGCCUCCUGGAACCGCUACGUCCUCGCCGGUCCGAGAUACCCCUGUGAAGAAGACACCCGAUACCGUUCGAAGGAUGCCAAGCUCUUCCACCGCCCUUCGCGAUCAGAUUGCGAAAGCGAGAGCCGCCAAGAAAUCAAACGUUGAAGACGCACCAGCUGAAGCACCUCAAAAAGCCGCAAGCUCUUCCAACGCUCUGAGAGAACAAAUUGCAAAGGCCAGGGCAGCAGCGAAGCAGCAAAAGACCGAGCCGACUAGAAAUAACACACCUCCAACCGACAUGAUCAUACCCGAUCCUGCGGAGAUUGCGACCUUUGACUUUGGCCUCGAUGACGAUCCCUUCAAUCAGCGCUCCAAGGGCGGCAAGUCUGUGCUACGCAGACGCAUCGAUAGCGCUCGAUCAGAUGGCCGCUUAAAUAUCGCUGCAAUGGGACUGAAGGAGAUUCCUGAUGACGUACUUUCUAUGUAUAUAUACGACCCCAACGAUACCAAAGUGGCCUGGGGCGAGGUUGUCGACCUGUCUACUAUCUUAGCUGCAGACAAUGAGCUUGAGAUACUUCCCGACAGCAUGUUCCCUGAUGUAUCAGUUGAAGACAUGGUCGAUUCGGACGAGGCAGGACCUCAGUUUGGGGGAGUGCAGAGUAUCGACUUUCACGGCAACAUGCUGCGAGAGCUGCCCGUAGGCUUACGACGACUCACGCAGCUCUCAAAGUUGAACCUUUCACGGAACAAGCUACCCAUGGAAAUGUUGGACGUCAUCGCUCAAAUACCGACUUUGCGGGAACUGAAGUUGGCCGAGAACGAUCUCAGCGGAGACCUCUCUCCGGCACUAUGUGACCUCGCAGCAUUGGAGGUCCUUGAACUGCAGUCGAACAAGUUGACAAGCAUACCUGCAGAUCUACAGCGCCUGACGCAGUUACGGAUACUCAACGUAUCAGAGAACCAACUUCGGUCUAUUCCUAACGAAGUCUUUUCUGCAACUCUCAUUGAGCUUCAAGCACCGAAGAACCGUCUUGAGGGCGCACUUCUCAGCCUAGAUUUAGUACCUCACUUGCAGGAACUGAAUGUCGCACAGAACUCGUUGACAUCCCUGUGCGAUGGCGACUCGAUCGAUUUGCCUGCUCUUAAGACGCUCAAUGUUUCCACAAACCGACUAACGUCGUUACCUGAAGUCUUUACCUGGGUUAGCGUAACCACGCUUUUGGUUGGGGAGAACAAACUUCCGGCUUUGCCGGAAGGGUUUGCGACGCUCCAACAGCUACGUACUGCAGACUUUACGGGCAACGACAUUACUCAACUUGACGAGAAAAUAGCUUUGAUGGAGAAUUUGGAACACCUCACAGUUGCAGCGAACCCAUUGCGCGAUCGCAAGUUCCUUACCAUGGGUACUGAUGAAAUAAAGCGCGAUCUGGCAUCGCGACUACCAGCUACUGAGCUGCCAGCCGACGCGGAUGAGGAGUUCGAGAACAGCGUCACCGAAGAGGCUCAGCCAAAAUGGCAGCUUACACCGUCAGGCACACUAGACCUUGCAGACAAGAACAUGUCUGAAUUAGAGCUUGAUGAAAUCACCCUGGAGCUCUUCACUAACGGACUGCGGCAACUGCAGCUGCAGCGAAACAAGUUCGACAUCAUCCCGUCUAUAGCAGCACAGUUCGAACACUUGACAUUACUGGAUCUAUCCAGGAACAAUAUCGAGAUUCCACUGUCAGCACCCAUCGAACUUCCCCAACUUCGCGAUCUUCGUCUUGCCAGCAACAAGAUUAACUCUUUGACGCACCUGACGACGUAUCUCACGGCGCCUCUGCUCGUAACACUAGACGUCUCGAUAAAUCGGCUAGCCGGUGCGCUUCCGACCCUCCACGUAACCUUUCCCUCGCUCACGACUCUUCUCGCGUCCGACAACAAGAUCUCUGAAGUAUCUGCCGACAGCUUGCAAAAUCUCAGGAUCGUCAACUUGGGCAACAACGAUAUUGAUCGUCUGGAACCACGUAUCGGACUGCUACAGGGCACAUUAACAGGCUUUGAAGUGGAAGGGAACAAGUUCAGGGUACCCAAUCGACAGGUCCUUCAAAAGGGAACGGAUGCUGUGUUGACAUGGCUCCGAGACAAGAUUCCAAGGGAGAGCUGGAAGAGUGCAGAUAGCGCUUCGACUGAGUUUUUUGAUGCAGACGACGGGAGCUUCUGA